AUGUCCGCAUCUGUUGGAUUUACACUCCAGGCUCCUGAUUUUAUCUGGUUGCCAUCACAAAAAUCUUUCUAUUGCCUUGGUAACUACUUCAACUUAAAAACAAUGAAAGAGCUUGAUUCUUCUGUUUGGCUUUCAAUUGUGGGCCUGAUUCUUAUUUUUAUUUUAAAUACUAAAAUCUUCAUGACUAAAGCUUUCAAGGGAUAUUUUCCUCCAGGACCCAGACCUUUGCCAGUUAUUGGAAAUCUGCACAUCCUCAAUAUGAAGAGACCAUAUCAAACCAUGCUGGAGCUCUCCCAGAAAUAUGGCUCCAUUUACAGCAUCCAAAUGGGACCAAAGAAGGUGGUGGUGCUCUCUGGCUAUGAGACAGUAAAAGAUGCCCUCGUGAAUCAUGGUGAUGAAUUUGGAGAGCGACCUCAAGUGCCCAUAUUUGAAAGAAUUUUUGAAGGAAAAGGAAUUGCUUUCUCUAAUGGUGAAACCUGGAAAACUAUGAGAAGGUUCAGCUUGACCACAUUACGCAACUUUGGAAUGGGCAAGCGGAUCAUAGAAGACACAAUUAUAGAGGAAUGCCAGAAUCUCAUACGGAGCUUUGAGCUUCAUAAAGGAAAUCCUUUUGAGACCAAAACAGUAAUGAAUGCUUCUGUGGCUAAUGUCAUUGUGUCAGUGUUGCUCGGAAAACGGUUUGACUACCAAGACUUCCAAUUACUGAGACUCUUAAACUUAAUCGAUGAAAACGUGAGACUCAUUGGCGGGCCUAAAAUUAUGCUUUUCAAUAUGUUUCCUGCUUUGGGAUUUCUUCUAAGAAGUCAUAAGACAGUACUCAGGAAUAGAGAUGAAUUAUUUUCUUUUAUAAGGAUGACCUUCCUAGAUCAUCAUCAUAAACUUGACAAAAAUGAUCCAAGAAGUUUCAUUGAUGCUUUUUUGGUCAGACAGCAGGAGGAGAAAGAUACGUCUACCACCUAUUUCAGCAACGACAAUUUGGUGGCACUCGUUUCCAAUCUGUUUGCGGCAGGUACAGAGACCACGGCCUCCACACUGCGCUGGGGGAUCCUGCUCAUGAUGCGAUAUCCCGAGGUCCAGAAAAAGGUCUACGAUGAGAUCACAAAAGUUGUGGGAUCGGCCCAGCCUCGAAUUGCACACCGAAUUCAAAUGCCAUACACAGAUGCUGUCGUUCACGAAAUACAGAGAUUUGCUAACAUUCUGCCUACAAGUUUGCCCUAUGUAACAACUACACAUGUUAAAUUCAAAAAUUACUACAUUCCAAAGGUAAGGGUUUACAAGGAAGGGGAGGGGAGAGAAUAGAGAACAUCAAGCACUUACAAGCGGAGAUAAACUGCCAAGACAAUCCUGGCCCACCUUUUCUCUUCCCCUCCCUCCUUUUCUCUUUCUGCCUCCUUCCUUAUCAUUCAAGAAAAGAUAUGACUAUGUAUGAAAGUACUUCAAAAGUUCAUGGGAGG